AUGUUCUUCCGCAACCAAACCACUGCAGAUCUUGCCAGAAAGAAUGCCAGGGCGCUGAGCACGGCAUCAUCGAGCGCAGACUCUGAAGUAUGGAAACGACCUGUAUCCCCCCCAGCACGAGACAGAGCUACUACUUUCUUUAUGCGGCAGUACGUUUUUGAUAUGACUAGUGCAGGAGGAACCUUGCCACUAAGGGACAACCAUGAGUUUCUUCCAGGGCUCAUACGCAAUCAACAGUCUUCUUUCGGGCUUCUCAGCACAACAGUAGCGGCUGCGGGGUUCGCUGCUCUUUCUAAUGCGGGCAACGUGUCAGAAUGGCGGGCAGAAGCAUUCCGUCUAUAUGACAGUGCCAUUCGUCAGCUACAGAGUGCCCUACAAGAUCCUGUCCAGAGAGUGUCUGAUGAAACACUUGGUGCAGUAUUGCUCAUGGGGACCUUUGAGACUAUUGCUUUUGCAGAUACUGGCUCACUGAAAGCCUUCAGCCAACACAUCAUCGCUGCAGCGAGGUGCAUCGAAAUGCGUGGACCAGCCCAGUUCCAGACCGUUGUUGGCUUGAAGAUGUUCAUGCAGAUGCGGCGCAUCAUGAUCACAACUUGCCACCAGCUGCAGGAACCCAUACCAUUUGAGAUCUCAAAAUGGUCGAGCUGGGCUGAAAGAAGCCAGAACAGCGACCUCGUCCCGGUCAAUCGCUUCUCCGAGAUCAAUGAGGUUUUGGCUAGCGUCCGCGCUGAGCUCAAGUAUCAGCACAUUACAGACCCAGCUGUGAUUUCUGACAGGCUUCUCAAGAUCGAUAAGCUUUUCGAAGACUGGGCGCAAACACUACCGCCAAGCUGGGUGUACAAGUCUUACAGGUCCAUUGGUCCUAACGGCGUGCCUUCUAGUCGGUAUGAUCUACAGCACGACAUGUAUACAGAUCACUGGAUAGCUUGCGUGUGGAAUUGUUACCGCAAUGUCAGGCUUUUGAUUCACGAGUCCAUUAUCAUAGCUACGCUGAAGCACGGUACUGCAGAGCAGAAAGACGCAUUGCAAAGCUCGGCCAAAGUCUUAGCCGCGAUGGCAGACGGGCAAUCCGACCCCCGGAGGUUUCCUACUUAUUUGGCCUCUGUUCUUUGCUGGGAUACAGAGAACCACUUCUGCGGAUCAGAGGCAUUGGGUUGGUGCAUUGAUGAGGAGGAUUGGGGUGCGGAUGGGUUUGCAGUUGGCGGUGUCGAUGGCUGA